AUGGGAAACACAAACUCCAAAGACACCCUCACAGCACAAGACAAAGCCAUCUUCCAGCUCAAAAAGCAACGUGAUGCGUUGAAACAGUACCAGAAAAAGAUCUACUUGGUCAUCGAUAAACAGACAGACGCUGCCAAAGAGGCGCUUCGAGACGGCAAGCCAGAAAAGGCCAAACUAUACCUUAAAUUAAAGAAACAACAACAAACAGUGGUCAAUUCGACAUACGAGCAACUUGCGAACUUGGAACAGCUCAUCGGGACCAUCGAGUUCAAGCUCAUCGAGAAGGAUGUCGUCAAUGGACUUUCGGAAGGUAACAAGGUCUUGAAGAUGUUGAACUCGGAGAUGAGCAUCGAGAAGAUCGAUAAGGUGAUGGAGGAUAUCGAGGAGGAAGUUGUGCGUGUAGAUGAAAUCUCCGAACUAUUGGGUGGUCGCCUUUCAGACCUUCAGGAGCUGGAGCUUGACGAUGAAUUGCAGGCCUUGGAGAAUGAGGUUUCUGGAAAGGUGCCCAUCGAGAAGGUUCCUACAAUGCCACAGGUACCCAAUACCGAGCCCGUGGAUGAUAAAUUGCCCCUGGUACCAAACACUCAGCCCGUGGUUGAGAAUACGCCGCGUAGGGCAGAAGCCCAUGAGCCUUUGGCUGCAUAA